AUGUUGCUUGCGACGAGCCAAUCCAAUACCUCAUUCAUAUUGGAUUUUUUUCCGCCGACCGAACCCUAUUAUUACGUCGCGAUUUCGACUGCAGAAGAAAUCGUCGAAAAAACGAAAUCUAUAAUGAAUUCGACACUCAUCGAUGUCUAUUAUGACGGCGUUCUAGACGUUGUUCAAUUCUCGCACGAUACCGUCACUCCAAUGUCGUAUCGCGAACGGAUCACGGGCGAAUUCAUUCUGAGCACAAUCUCGUGGCUCCUCAAUUUUGCCCUAUUUCUAUUUCUCCGAUUACGACGAACAUUCUGGAAAACGUUGAGGUCAACCGUAGUUUUUGUUACAACCGGCUCUCUGAUCAUCAGUGUUCCGCUGUUACUUUUCCAAUUUUGGAUGGUCGCUCAUCUUCAACUCGGUGUUCAGCCAGUCUAUCCAAUAUAUAUAUGCUCUCUGAUCAAACAUUUGUGCAGUAUGACCACUUCAGCUUCUCAAGUUCUUCCAUUUCCGGUGUCAAUCUAUCGAUAUCGAACAGUCGUCAGAAAAGAGCAACCGCACACAAUUUUUGUGAUUAUUCUCGAAAUUUUAUUGGGCCUCUUAUUCACAAUCUACGUUGCUUUCAUAUUUCCGUUUGGCGAUUUUCGCAAAAACGCGGUUUGCUUGAUUAUCUGCUUCAGUCCUUUAAUGGAAAUGCUUCGGAUGAUCACCAUUUUAUUUUUCAAUUUUUUCGCAAUUUUCCUCAAUUUCUAUAUCCUUUAUUUUGUGACCAAAUUCGCCGAAAAAAAUCGCGGUUCGAAAAAAAAAACGAUGGAGCUUACACGAAGUCUAUUGAUCCAAUCAUGUGUGCCAGUUCUCGUCUCAAUUCCUCUACUCGGCCUCUCCAUGAACGUAUUCUUCGGUUUCCCCGUUCCGGCUUCAUUUUCAUCCCACUGGUACGCUCUCUCCUUUCUUGGCCCAUUUCUAACACCAUUAUCUUCAAUCGUAGCUCUAAAAUCGACUAGACAAGACCUUCUAUGGACUUUGACAUUUGGAAAACGAGGAAAAUCCACAGAUUCGGUGAUCCUCACAGUAACAACACUGACAUUUUAG